AUGAACACGGACGGCGACAGCAUUCGCAGAUCCUUCGCGCAAUUCUUUGAAGAACGCGGGCACCAGUACAUGCCCUCCGCCUCUCUGAUUCCGGCCGGUGAUCCGACCCUUCUUUUCACUUCCGCCGGAAUGGUGCCGUUCAAGCCCUUCUUCAUGGGAGAACAGACCCCUCCCCGUCGCCGUCUCACCAGCUGUCAGAAGUCGUUCCGCACGACCGACAUCGACGAGGUGGGUGACCAUAAACACCUCACCUUCUUCGAGAUGCUGGGCAAUUUCAGCAUCGGCGACUACUUCAAGAAGGACGCCGUCGCCUUUGCGUGGGAGUUGUGCACAGGACUGUUCGGCCUGGAGCCGGAGCGCAUGUACGUUACCGUGCACCUGGAUGACGACGAUGCCUACGAACUGUGGCGGAACGACAUCGGCGUACCUCCGGAGCGGAUUUACCGCUAUGGCAACAGCGACAACUGGUGGGGUCCCGCCGGCCUGGAAGGACCCACGGGUCCCUGCUCUGAACUCCAUUACGACGGGGGAGCCGAAAAGGGCCGGGGCCAGCAUCCGGCCACGGACGAAAUGAUGACGCCGACGAGCUCACCGCCAUGCUCCGUAUCGAGGCUGAGGGUGGUCCCACCGCCGAGCCGGGCGGCUUGCCAUCCCAACUGCGACUGUGAGCGGUUCGUGGAGCUGUGGAAUCUGGUCUUCAUGCAGUACUACCAGGACCUCGAGGGCGUCCGCACGCCCCUGCCGGCCCCCGAGCGUGGACACCGGCAUGGGCCUCGAGCGGGCCGCCGCCGUUCUGCAGGCAAGCCCAACGUCUACGAGACCGACCUCUUCAGGCCCAUCAUCGACGCGGUUUGCAGUCUCACCGGCACGAAUACGGUUCCGACCGGAUACCGACUACGCAUCCGCGUUGUCGCCGAGCACGCCCGCGCCGCUUCGUUCCUCAUCAGCGACGGUGUUGUGCCUUCCAACAGCGACCGUGGUUAUGUCCUCCGCCGCAUCAUCCGGCGGGCCAUCCGUUACGGCCGGCAGCUCGGGCUCGACCGUCCUUUCAUGACCGAGUCACCGACGCCGUGA